CGCGAUCUCAGUGCUAUGUCUCUGUCGUGGGUGAGCGCUAAUAAUAGAGGAGGCUGCCUGCUCCUUUAAGAGUCUACUCGUCGCACACUCUCCACUUUAUAAAGUCAAAUAAUGGUGAUCAAAGUUUUCCUCGCCUCUUCAUCGGGAUCCACUGCGAUCAAAAAGAAGCAGCAGGAUGUUGUCGGCUUCCUGGAGGCUCUUAGAGUGGAGUAUGAUCCGCUGGACAUCGCCUGCAACGAGGAGAACCGCAUGUGGAUGAGGCAGAACGUCCCAGAGGAGAAGAAGCCGGCCAACGGGAUCCCCCUGCCUCCUCAGAUCUUCAAUGAAGAGAGCUACUGUGGAGACUAUGAAACCUUCUUCGAUGCCAAGGAGGACAACUCUGUGUUCGCCUUCCUGGGACUGCCCCCUCCCCCUGGGUCCAAGGAAGCAGAGCAGGCUGACAAGGCGCACAUUGUGACGAACGGGAACCAUGUUGAGGAAACGAACGGAGACCUUGAUGACUCAAUAGAGGUUCCACUGGAGGAAUGUAACGGAGAUGCACACGAUGAGGAGGAGCAGGCAGCGGAGGAGGAGGUGGAGGGGGAGGUAGCGGAAGAAGAGAUUGCAGACGAUGAAGCCAUGGAAGAGGAAACAGAAGGCGACGAGGCCCCUGCAGACGAGGAGGAGGAGGAGCAGGAGGAUGCAGUGGAAGAAACAGAUGAGAUUACAGAAGUCACAGAGGCUCAUGCAGAGGAAGAAGAACAGGAGGAAGCUGAUGAUGACAGGGAUGAAGAGGAUUUGCAGUCAGAGGAGGAAGAAGAACUGCUACAGCUUGAGGAAGAAGAAGAGGCUGAAGUACAAGAGGAAGAAGAAGGAGACUUAGAAGAAACACAGGAGGAAGAGGCGGAGUAGUGGAAGCUAGGUGACGUGGAUGAUGUCGAUUAACUGCUGCUCAGCCCGGAGGAGCCUCCUGUACCAUCUCUCCCCGACCCCUGAACAUCCUCAGGCAGCUCCUGCCACCCCUCCCCAAGGCCCCACUGAAAACGCCGUCCAAACUGAGAAGUCCCACAGCCCGCAUUUGUGCCCCCCCCCCCCAUCUGGCCCCUUUUGACUGCAAUGAUGACUUAAUUUUUAUAUUUUGCGUGUAGAGUCAUACUGUAAUGGAAAUGUGCAGCGUAGCUUCGCGGCGUCAGUUUGUUUUUAAUGAGGAGCUUUUGUAAAAUGCACCAACAGUUAUUUUAUUAAACUCAAACGUGUGUCUCAUGUUUUACUUUAAGAGAUUCUCUUUUUCUAGAUCAAAGAGGCAGUGAACCUUUUCAAAAUAAAACCUUGGCAAUCCUUGGCUGUAGCGUCUUCUCGCAUUCAGAUUUAAAGGUUUAUAGCUCGUUUCUGCACUCUCAUUUCUGUGCCUUCUCCCAUCAGCUGAAUGUAUGAAUGCCAACUAAGACUUCUAGUGGCAACAUGAGGAAGAAAAUACGCACAAACUGCACGACUGUGAUCUACUCCAGCACAACUGCAAUUACUGCUGCCAAUGCUCCUGUCUAAUCAAUGCACUUUGUUGAAUGAAGAGUGAAACAUGUGACGAAGACUUUAAAAAUGCAAUAAACUAGACUGGUUAAAAAAAA